AAACCCCAGCUAGGGUCUGACAUCGGGGCCCCAUGCGGCUCACCCGCUGCUGGGCUGCCCUGGCAGCCGCCAUCAUCCUCAAUCUCCUAGUCUUCUUUUAUGUGUCCUGGCUACAACACCAGCCCAGGAACCCCCGGGCACGGGGCCCACGCCGGACUCCUGCCACUGGUCCCCGUGUCACCGUCCUAAUUCGGGAGUUUGAGGCCUUUGACAACGCUGUCCCCGAGCUGGUGGAUUCCUUCCUGCAGCAGGAUCCAGCCCAGCCCGUGCUGGUGGCGGCUGACACUCUCCCUUACCCACCCCUGGCCCUGCCUCGCAUCCCCAACGUUCGCCUAGCGCUGCUCCAGCCGGCCCUGGACCGGCCAGCCGCGGCCUCGCGCCCAGAGACAUACGUGGCCACGGAGUUCGUGGCCCUGGUGCCUGACGGAGCACGGGCCGAGUCACCAGGCCACCUGGAGCGUAUGGUGGAGGCGCUCCGGGGGAGCAGCGCGCGCCUCGUAGCCGCCCCGGUCGCCACCGCCAACCCAGCCCGGUGCCUGGCACUGAACGUCAGCCUUCGGGAAUGGACUGCACGCUAUGGUCCCGCGCCUGGCGCGCCCCGCUGUGACGCCCUAGACGGUGACGCCGUGCUGCUGCUGCGCUCCCGCGAUCUCUUCAACCUCUCGGUGCCUCUGGCGCGGCCCCUGGCCACCAGCCUUUUCCUGCAGACCGCCCUCCGGGGCUGGACAGUGCAGCUGCUGGACUUGACCUUCGCCGCGGCACACCAACCCCCGCUGGCCACGGCCCACGCGCGCUGGAAGGCGGAUCGCGAGGGGCGCUCUCGGCGGGCGGCGCUGCUGCGGGCGCUGGGCAUCCGCCUGGUGAGCUGGGAGGGCGGGCGGCUCGAGUGGUUCGGCUGCCACAAGGAGAGCGCGCGCUGCUUCGGGACGGUGGCGGGAGACACACCCUCCUACCUGUACGAGGGCCGCUGGACACCGCCCUGCUGCCUGCGCGCGCUACGCGAGACUGCGCGCUACGUGGUGGGAGUCUUGGAGGCGGCAGGCGUGCGCUACUGGCUGGAGGGCGGCUCGCUGCUGGGUGCGGCCCGCCACGGCGACAUUAUCCCUUGGGACUACGACGUGGACCUGGGCAUCUACCUGGAGGACGUGGGCAACUGCGAGCAGCUGCGGGGCGCCGAGGCUGGCUCGGUCGUGGACGAACGCGGCUUCGUGUGGGAGAAGGCGGUGGAGGGCGACUUCUUCCGAGUGCAGUACAGCGAGAGCAAUCACCUGCACGUGGACCUGUGGCCUUUCUACCCCCGCAAUGGGGUCAUGACCAAGGACACGUGGCUGGACCACCGGCAGGACGUGGAGUUCCCGGAGCACUUCCUGCAGCCGCUAGUCCCCCUGCCCUUUGCCGGCUUCAUGGCACAGGCCCCCAACAACUACCGCCGCUUUCUGGAGCUCAAGUUCGGGCCUGGCGUCAUCGAGAACCCGGAGUACCCCAACCCUGCACUCCUAAGCUUGACAGGCGGCUGAAACCCUGGCGCUCGCAUCUGGGGACUGGGGGAACUGCAGGGUACAUACAGGAAGCUGUUCUUUGCCUCUGGAGGUCGUGUGGGUCUGAACAAGCGUGCUUGAUUGGGCCAGGCGAGGCUGUGCAUGGGAGAAUAAAAGAGGUGAAUUGGCCAAGACCGACUUGAGGUGGCCCACAGGAAAAGUCCGGCUUUGGUAGGAAGCAAACCCAGAUCUUAAGCCGUGAGUUGGGGCUAUGUGUGGAGACCUCCUAGCCCAUCCUAGUAACAGAGGGGAGUUGUGGCCUUUGAUGGGCAGGCCCAGGGUGUAGAGCUCAUCCUCAGGACUUUGCAUGAUCUCUGCCCUAUAUCCCAAGAGCCCUAGGCCCUUGGGAAGUGAGGUCCGAAGGACAGACCUGCCAGCCUCAGUCUACCACAUACAACUUAGGAGACCCUAGACCAGUUGUGCAGUCUUGCGUUCUGCCCGUCUCCUUUGAGAUAACUGAAUGCUUCCUUUGGUGUCUAGAACACCCAGGAUCCUUGGCCCGUAGUGUUUGCUUUCUCCACUAGAGGGCGCAUCUGUCCCGGGCCUUUCAUCUUUGACGACCUCUCCAUAGCCCGCAUCUCUGGUUUUCUUGGAGUGGCUCUGGAUGGUGGGCCCACCCUGGCCUCCUCCCUUCUCUUUGAGAAAGCUGCGUGAGGUAUCUGCUGCUUCUAACCCCUUUGUGCACCUAGAAGACUAACAGGGCGCUGGUUUGGGAUCCUAACUGACAAUAUUUAUUAAUUCUCCUUCAGUGUUCUGCACUGUUGCCCCGCCUGCCAGGAGGGGUAAACCUCCGCCACAGCUCACAGUUACUGAGCGCUUACUGGGGUCCAUGCACACCAAUGGAUUUAUCCUGACUCUUACCCCCGGAAUGGAUAGCUGCUAUUACAUCCAUUUUCCAGGGAUGGUAACUGAGGCCAAAAUGGCAGUUAUUUAUCUUGACCAAAUAGUCUAGGACGUGGCCAGUAGGGGACUGGAAUUCAGGCCAUCGUUUCAAGGCCCACUUUAUGUCCCGCUCUAGGAAUAGCACCCAAAUGGGGCCUUGCAGCGGAUGUGCCAGUUAACAGGUUAAGAACAAUAACUUUCCUUAUGUGAUCAUGCAUAUAAAUUAUGUUCAAACCACUACUACCAGACUGUAUAAUGUUAAAUAAGGCUUAAAUUAUGUUACUUUAAAAUUAGAAAAAUUCAAGAUGAA